UUGACCAUUUUAUCGCCUUUUCUUGCCUCAAACUGUGAAUGCUCCAUCCCAUAACGCGCUGUCUCCCGGUCUGGCCAUCCCAUUUGAUCCUGUCCAGUCCCAUCAUCCCCCCUCCCCAAUUCCCCUCAAGGCUAUUUCCCCGUCGUCCUAUCCUACCUAAGACGUAAGGUGAAAGGUACACUCUGUGGUGUGGUACCUCUACUUUAUCUCUUGCUCCUGCCCAUUACCUGACCUGGCCUUACUUUCCUUACCUACCUUAGGUACCUGAGGAAUCGCACAAUAUCUUUGGACCUUCCUCCCUCUGCUCACUUCCUCUCCUCUCGUCUUUCUUCCUUUCACAUCUCAUCUCAACUCACCCCUCCACUGCGGGACAAAGACGAGAAUUGUUCCGGCGACACCGCAUUGUCAUCCAGCAUAUUUCACCGAGGAAAGAUUCCGAAGAAAACACCUGACGCUGCUCUGCCUGCCUUUAUAAUACAGCCUGCUAUCCCCUCACCCACUCGUCGAGCGUUGUCACUGCUACUGCUGUUGUCACUGCUUGGACAAGCCGUUCUUUUUCGGUUGAUCCCGCUACCCUGUCUGUUCCGCAACUGUCGCAUCGCAUCGCAUUCCUUGCUUGCUUCCCCACCUUUGCCUCGAUUGACUCGCCAAAGAUACCCCUCGAUUUCUCGACAAGCCCGACACGCCAAUCCUCCAAGCUCGAAAAAACAACAGCUCCAACCCCAACACCAACUCGAAAACCUCCACCAAACGAGCAGCACACAAACCUCGCAAACAUGGCUGAUUUGCAAGGACGCAAGGUCUUCAAGGUCUUCAACCAGGACUUCAUCGUCGACGAGCGAUACACCGUAACCAAGGAGCUCGGCCAGGGAGCUUACGGCAUUGUCUGCGCCGCCGUGAACAACCAGACCCAGGAGGGCGUCGCCAUCAAGAAGGUCACAAAUGUGUUUAGCAAGAAGAUCCUGGCAAAGCGCGCCUUGCGCGAAAUCAAGCUGCUCCAGCACUUCAGGGGACACCGCAACAUUACCUGCCUCUACGAUAUGGACAUUCCCCGACCCGAUAACUUCAACGAGACAUAUCUCUACGAGGAGCUCAUGGAAUGCGAUUUGGCAGCCAUCAUCCGAUCCGGCCAACCGCUGACCGACGCCCAUUUCCAGUCCUUCAUCUACCAGAUCCUCUGUGGUCUCAAGUACAUCCACUCCGCCAACGUCCUGCACCGUGAUCUGAAGCCCGGUAACCUGCUCGUCAACGCCGAUUGCGAGCUCAAGAUUUGCGAUUUCGGUCUGGCGCGUGGUUUCUCCGUUGAUCCUGAGGAGAAUGCCGGUUACAUGACGGAAUACGUUGCUACCAGAUGGUACCGUGCUCCCGAGAUCAUGCUGAGCUUCCAAAGCUACACCAAAGCUAUUGAUGUUUGGUCCGUUGGCUGCAUUCUGGCUGAACUUCUCGGAGGCCGUCCCUUCUUCAAGGGUCGUGACUACGUCGACCAGUUGAACCAGAUCCUGCACAUUCUCGGUACCCCCAACGAAGAGACUUUGUCCCGCAUCGGCUCGCCCCGCGCCCAGGAAUACGUCCGCAACCUUCCUUUCAUGCCUAAGAAAACCUUCCCCAGCCUGUUCCCUCAGGCCAACCCUGACGCCCUCGACCUCCUCGACCGCAUGCUUGCCUUUGACCCCUCGAGCCGUAUCAGCGUCGAGCAAGCUCUUGAGCACCCCUACCUGCACAUCUGGCACGAUGCUUCCGACGAGCCCGACUGCCCCACGACGUUCAACUUCGACUUUGAGGUCGUUGAAGAUGUUGGCGACAUGCGUAAGAUGAUCCUGGAUGAGGUCUACCGCUUCCGCCAGCUGGUUCGCACCGUCCCCGGAGCUACCCAGGCCGGCACGCAGGCUGCUGGACAGCAGGGUGGCGGGCAAGUGCCAAUUCCCACCGGAGGCAACCAAGGAUGGAGCUCUUCGGACCCUCGACCUCAAGAGUACGGCGGCCAAGGAGGCGGCCUGGAGGCGGACCUUGCUGGUGGCCUUGAUCACCGGAGAUAAAGCCGUUGAAAGUUGUUCCUGGAUUGGUGCGCUGCGCGAAAUCGCGCAUGAAUGACUAGCAAAAUCGGUGUUUGGUUUGCAGACUCUGGCGGGCAAUUUCAGAAUUUUGUUUUGGAUGUGAUGUCAUUCCGCGAUUUUACACGUCAGGUGGGGAGGAGGAGAGAGACAAGCGUUAGAAGACGGUGGAAUUGAUCUUGAUGACGGCCGCUCUUCCAUCUGGAGGAGAGAGGAGAAGGAAGAAGAAAAGAGGAGGACAAAGUCGAAAUACUGGGGGACUGGAUCGCCCGUGGGGUUGAAUGAACACGACAAAGAUGACAGCAGUCCCCAAAUUUACUUAAUUCCCUAUGAUGCGAUGUCGCGCUUGUAGUGCUAUCGUCCUCUGGGCGGCUACUAGUCGG